AGAAACAUGGAAACACGAGAGUUUAUAUAGCGCACACUCUAAAUGAUAAUGGAGAAUAAUGAAAAAAUAAAGGAAUUAGAAGGAAAGAUUAAAGUGUAUGAAGACGAAAUCCUCAAAAAAGAUGAGUUAAUUCAAAAGUUAUCCAGUAUGGAUAUUGGUCAAUUUAAAUCUACUGAACAGAAACUUACUGGUAAUAGUAAUAGUAAAGAACAUGAAGAGUAUCAACAGACAAGUAUAAAACGUGAAGAUCUUGCAAAAUUACGAAGCAAGGUUGAACAAUUAUGUGAAAAAACAUUAAGUCAAGAAAGUGAAUUAAAAGCAAAAUCAACCCUGUUAACUAAAGCGGAAACAGAUAUUAAUAAAUUAACAAAUAAAAACAAUGAAUUAAUAUCUGAAAAUGAAAAAUUAAAAAAACAAUUAAAUGAUUAUACAACAAGUAUGAAUACAAAAAUUACUGAAUAUGAAAUAUGUAAUAAAAAAUUGAAUGAAUCAAAUCAAUUAUUGAAAACUGAACAAAAUAAAAUAGAAGAACUAAAGAAGCGUUUAAAUAAACAAAUAGAAGAGAAAGAAAAAUCUGAUUAUCAACUUGUACAAAAUGAGAAAUGUUUAGAAAAUUUCAUUACAAAAAUGAUUCAUAUAUUUGAUACAUUUUUAAAAAAUGAUGAACAUUUAAUGAUUGAUUGGAAAAAUGAAAAAAAUUUAGAAGAUUUAAUAAGUAAAGCUAAAGAUGUCGUCAAUGAAAAUUUAAAAAAUAAAGGACGUAUUCAAGAUUUAUUGGAUCGACUAAAACAACAUGAAAAUGAAAAUGCCGAUCAAAAAAGUAGUAUGAAUCGUUUAGGUGAAUUAUUAACUAAGAAUGAUCGUUAUGAACAAGAAAACAGAAAACUAAAUCAGGAAUUAGAAUAUAUUCGAUGUAAUGAAAAAGCUUUAGAAGAACGAAAUCGUGUAUUGAAUAAAGAAUUAAUUGAUUCACAAUUACAUAUAAGAGAAUUAGAUAAACAAUUACAAGAUACAAUCAGUAAAAAUGAGAAAAAUCAUUGGAGUAAUCAAAAUAAAUAUGAAGAAGAUAAUUUAUUAUUUCGGAAUUCAUUGGCUUCAUUGCUAUCGUACAAUAAUUUCCAAUGUAAUCCAACUGAAAUAUCUAUCAAAGAAAGUAUUAGAAAGUUUAUGAGUGAAUUACAAGAACAAAAAGAUUUAUAUUCAAGACUUGAAAUUCGUUUAUCAGAUACAUUAAGACGUUUAGAUCAUUCACAAGCUUCUAAACACGAAAUGGAACGUAUGUUAGAGAAAACGGAACAUGAAUGUUUUGAUCUGCGUGAACAGAUUAGACGUCUAGAAACAGAUUUGAUAAAUUCUGAUAUGGUAAAGCAAGAACAACGCUCAGACAAAUUAAAAAUUUUCUCGUAUCUCUGUAAACUUGCAGCAAAAGUAAGAAUAGAUGAAAAAGUUGCUUCAGGAAUGAGAUUUGAUGAAUUACAAGAAGUCAUUUUGACAAGAAUUGGACAAAUAAUGAGUGGUGAAUACACUAUGUUAAGUGAUGUUCAAGCUAAUGCUGAUCGUAUAAAUGGUUUAAAUCGUAAAGUGAAAAGAUUACAAGAUCAACUAGCAAGUAGAGAAAUACAAUUAGGUUUAUGGAAAGAGAAAGCUAGUAAAUUAGAAGAUCAAUUAUCCGGCAUAACUGAAACUGAAAUGAAAGCUCAUGCAAAUAAAAUUGCAGCGGAAAAAUCAGCUAUCAAUGCUAGAAGAUCAGAAUUAGAAGUAUCUAGAUUAAAAGAUGAGUUAACUCGUUUAAAAGCGGAACUAUUAGAUUUUAGUGAUGCUAAAAUUAAUGUAGUUAAGUAUGAAGAACAACUAGGUGAGCUAACUAAACAAAACAAAGAACUAGAAUGUAUACGUCAAAGUCAAGCGACUAAAAUUGCUGAGUUAACAGAAAAAAUGGAAUUACAAACAAACGAGGAUAGUGAUAAUCGUAAUCGAUUAGAAGAAGAAUGUAAAUGUUUAAUAAAUGAAUUACAAUCAACUAGAAAGUCAAUGGAACAACUUCGACGUUCUGAAAGAGAGCUUUUGGAAUUCAGAGCACUUGUUGGUCGUCUUCUUGGUUUAGAUGCAGAAUUAUUAACAGUACCUAAUUAUGAUAUUAUCAGUCGUUUAGAAACAAUAGUUACACAUAAUCAAUUUGCUCAUGAUAAUCCAAUGUUGUUACAUAUGAAUGAUGCACAUUCACCGAAUAGAAAAUCAAGUUCAUUGACCAAAGAUACUGGCUUGCAACGAAAUACAACGGCAGAUUGUUAUGUGGCCGGACCACAUUCAGCUAAAACAAGAUCUAAACAAGGGAAAUUUUGGUGAAUAUGUUUGUAUAUUAUUUAAGAUCAGUGUUUUUAUCAAAAGCACUCUUGGAUAUCAUUUUCACUUAGUUAUUCAUUUUAACUAGCAAGGUAAUGUGAUAUUAUUCAUUUUUUCAUAAUACCUAAUAUUAUUCAUUUCAUGUAUAGUAACAUAUUUUUGUCAUAAAAAUAAGUUUAAUUAUCCCUUUCCUGUUUUUUAAAAUAAUUUAUUUAAUAAAGUCAUAUUGAUGAUAAUUGUUUGUCCGAAUAGAUCAAUCUAUUCGUUCAUUGAGAAAAGACAAGCACAUUACAAUCAAUGAAUAGAUAUAGAUAUUUCUAAAUGAAUUCAAGAUACUUCAUGUACUGUAUUUAGGUCAAUUUAUUUCGAUCAGUUGAAAAUCUAGCGAAUGAAUAAUGAUGAAAAAUAUUCUUGUUUUAGAAAAAAAAAGCGAAACACAUUGUAGAGUGUACAAUGAAUACAGUGUAGAUAAAAAAUGAUUACAUUUUCUUUCUUUGAAACAUAAACCAAGUGACUCCAAUCAGUUAACGAUAUUACGUAAUUAUCGUCUAUUGUCUGUGGUAGAUAACUGUCUAACAACCCGACAUCUUUGGACUCCCGUGGUUAGAACUUCUGUAAUCUCUACAAACCCUUGUAUACUGAUAAUUAUCAUGUACUUACCAGUGUUUAGCUUUAAGAUGCGAUUCUUGGAGUUCUAGUGGAAAGUUGUAAUCACUGGAUUUCAACCACGUCAAGCGUGAUACAUUUGUUGACAAUAAGCAGUGGAAGAGGGUUGUGGAACAUCGUGAAUUGAAGUUGGAAUUGUACACGAUUGGAUCCUUGUUCAGUGGUCUUGGGGUUAGGCGUUCAUGCGCGAGAUCAGAAAUUAUGGUUUCGAUUUUCGGAUAUGUAUUCAUGGAUGUUCACUGCUAAAACGUUGGCUAAAUGUUUGGUUAUUUCUAGAAUCAAACCAUGGGAAAAUUUCAUUUUUUUGAUCAUACAAGAGACUUAUUUACUAAAACAACAAUUAAAUUCAAGAUGUCAAUUCUACUUUAUGUUAUUGUAUGCAUAACAAUUCGCAAGGGGUUUUAGUUGGGUCAUUAAGAAUAAUUAAUGGUAUAUAAUAUACUUGAAAUAUAAGAGUAGAGGAUACGUCUUCCAUUCAUUUAUUUCUUUAGUAUUCUUUGUUCAAUAAAUGUGCUUUUAACUUAAAAAGCAACAUUGCUUCUUUUUUUCCUUAAGCUUGGACUAAUACUUGUGAGGAUUGUUCAAAAUCAUGUAAUCGUUCAGUGAGAGAUUCAUUAGAAAAGUACAGGGAAAAAUGCUAUCCAUCUGAAUCAAUCAAACAUGAUCCAAGAAAGUAUUAGUUGUAUUAAUAUUUACUUAAAAGGAUUCACAUAACAAGUUAUUUUUGAUUUAAAAAUGUUUCUUUGUAAAAAUGCAAAGAUGACUGCAAUUUUAUCAACUGUUCAUAGAAUAAUGUAUCUAUCAUAGUUAUUUUCAGUACUUUUUUUCUUACUCAUUUAACUUAAAAUGAUCAAAUGACCUUUUGAUUAGAUUAUACAAAUAAACAUACAUUUUGUGAGACGGCCUCUCGAAAUUUCUUUUAAUAAUAAAUUUAUUCUUAUUAUGUUUGUUAAUAUUAUUAUGGAUUCUAUCAUAGCUGUAAUGAGUUUACGAUUCAAAUGCCCCAAAUGCCCUGGUACGGCUGA